AUGGACCUCAAUUUCCAACUUGCCGCCCGUCAGUCACGCGAUCAAGCUCACUCCACGAUCACUCCACCCACGGCUUACACCAAAUCCCAAACAAUGGCUGGUGCCGUGGUCUCAAAACGAAGUGCGAGACAGUUUCUCGAGGACGAAGGCGGCCACCCUGCAGAACAUCCCACCUACCACCCCGCGAGACGCAAUUCCAAGCAAGAAGAUCCCAUCCCCAUUGAACUGGCCGAAAAGUACCAAGUAAAGGGACCCUCGCGGCAAGGAUCGCGCGAGUCCGUUGCCGGCUCCGACUCUACUUUGGACAUUUCCAUACAAAAGCAGAUCAUGAUGGCGAUGGAGGACGAAGCCCAAAAGGCCGCAACUCCCGGAGAGAAAGUUUUGGCGAGGCGCGAGGACGGACUUCUCAAGGUCGCCGAGCAGUCAAAAACCCCCCCGGCCUCACCCUCGUCCCCUGGCAUUGAGCGAAUCUUACCCAUUGACGGAAGGCCUGUCAACUUUGGCGUUGUUGUCCCUGGAGUUUAUCGAAGCAGCUACCCCAAGCCUGAGGACUUUGGCUUCAUCCGUAAUCUUGGCCUCAAAUCGAUUGUUACUCUUGUCCAAAAAGACGAUGUUGACGAGCCUUACACUGCUUUCAUGUCCAGCAAUGGCAUUCGUCACCAUGUCUUCAACAUGAAGGGCACAAAGAAGGAAGCCAUUCCCAUUCGUACAAUGAAGGCCAUUCUCCGGCUGGUUCUGAAUAGAGAGCAUCACCCUCUUCUUAUUCAUUGCAAUCACGGCAAGCACCGCACUGGCUGUGUUGUUGGCGUGGUCCGCAAGGUGACCGGCUGGGAACUCAACACAAUUGUCGACGAGUACCGGGCAUAUGCCGAGCCCAAGAUCAGAGACUGUGACGUUAAGUACCUCACCGACUUUGAUCUCUCAGAUCUGUCAAACCUUUUCGUCCAUGAAGCGAAUAUGCGGUUUCGGAUCCGGCACUUUAUGCGAGUGACGCUCUUCACUGUCUUUGUUGUGUUCGUCUGGUUCAUCUCAGGGCAUAGAAUGCAGACCACAGCCAGACGAGUCAAAGAAGUGAGGUGA